AUGGCUUCCAGACUUGCGGUUCAGGUAACGUAUGACAGCAUCCACGACCCUAAAAGGAGAACCGCCAAAAUGAAGUUUAAACGAGAGAACUCCUUGGCAAAAUCCCAAAUUCAUAUAGAUGAACAGAAAAAUGCCAUAAACACCAUAGAAAUUGACAUUUCGCCAGACGAGGCGAAGAAGCGUCUGCAAAGUGCGGGGUACGAGCAGGUUCUGGAGAGAGAGGAUUGGAAUUUGGAGUCUGGUAAAAAGUACUUCUUCACCAGGAACUACUCCACUAUUGUGGCUUUUGCAAUCGUUGAGAAAGCUAAAUUGUGUGUUGAAUUGUGUUUUAGAUUUGUUGCCGGAAAUGGAUUUCAUGUAAUCGGUGCGCAUACGGAUAGUCCUUGUCUCAUAUUGAAGCCUGUUUCCAAGGUAACUAAAGGUGGAUUCUUGGAAGUGGAAGUCCAAAAAUACGGAGGUGGCUUGUGGCAUACCUGGUUCGACCGUGACUUGACGAUAGCAGGAAGAGAGGAGAAAGAUGGUUCUGUUUCUUACUCGCAUAGGCUCGUCCGGAUUGAGGAGCCCAUCAUGUGGAUUCCUACUCUGGCUAUUCACUUGGACAGGGAUGUUACAGAGGCGUUUAAGGUGAAUGCACAGUCACCUUCUUCCUGUCUUAUCAUGUAG